GGCGGGGCGGGGGCGGGGCCUGGUGGGGCUCGGAGCACGCGGGAGGGGCCCCCUCCGGGGUUCUUGGGGAUGCCAUUGGGCACAGCCACAAAGUGGCAGCCACUGGGGGCGGGGCCACACACCUGCUGGGGAGAGGGGGGAUCUAAACAGAAUAGAGCAGCUGCCACUCAAACAGUGGCUGAUCAGGGCUUCAGUGGGCAAGCAGAAGCCCUGCUGGCUGGGUGCGGGAUGCUGCUGCUCUCUGAUGUGCACUUGGGCCUGCCCUCCCCGGUCCCUCCUGACCAGCUGGCCCUCGUCUCCGGCUCAUACCACUAUUACCACUACGGCUGCGAUGGCGUGGACGAUCGUGGUUGGGGCUGCGGCUACCGGACGUUGCAGACGAUAUUCUCCUGGCUAGCGGAGGCUGGAGCAGAAGGACCCGUCCCUUCCCUCAGGGAGAUCCAGCAUGCGCUGGUGGAGAUGGGAGACAAGCCCCCUUGGUUUGCCGGAUCCCGGGAGUGGAUCGGCACUGUCGAAGCUGCCCUCUGCAUGGACCACUUCUAUUCUGUGCCGGGCAAGCUUAUCCACGUUCGCCAAGGCAGAGACUUAGAAAAGGAACUGGAGACCUUGCGUGCUCAUUUCCAGGGAGGCGGGGGCCCUGUGAUGGUGGGAGGGGAGAGAGACCACUCUGCCAAGGCACUGUUAGGCGUUUGUUCUGGUCCCAAAGGACCCCGUCUGCUGGUUCUUGAUCCUCACUAUUAUGGGACGACCCUGACCCCGGUUGACCUGCAAGAGAAGGAGUGGAUAUCUUGGAAAGAGCUCCGUUUCUUUGAAGACAGCUCCUUCUACAAUCUCUGCUUGCCCCAAGCCAGGACAAGAGGGCACCUUUGCAAAAGCAUAUGAUGCCUUGGAAGGGAGCUCCUGGGAUCCUCCUAAGGGGGUGCCCCCCACUUGAUUUCCGGGACUUGUUGGCACAAUUGUGAAUGGGUAAGGAUGUUCCUGUUACAGAAGCUGGUAAUUACGUAGGUUUUUUUCUCCGUGGAAUUCUGAGCCAGCACCGGUUCCGGUCUCUCCACAGGAUGUGAGAAACUGAGCCUGUGAACCAAGAAACACUGAAUCCCAGGCCAAGCUUCACUAGGAAGUAGGAGAGGCCCUGGCCCAGCCACACCUGGGCAGUGGGUGAACAUUUGGAAACUAUUUGGAAACUGGUUCUGGUGGGUUUCCCGGGGGGCUGCGUGGCUGUGGUCUGGUGGAUCUUGUUCCUAACGUUUUUGCCUGCAUUUGUGGCUGGCAUCUUCAGAGGUGUCUCACAGAGAAAAGUCUGUUUCACAGCCACAGAUGCAGGCAUAACGUUAGGGACAAGACCUACCAGACCACGGCCACACAACCCGGAAAACCCACCACAACUGUUUGAAAGCUGAUACAAAUCCAAACCCCAGCCCACUGAUCAAUAGCCAGGUGUGUGGAAUCUAUGUGAUUGCCAACCAAUUCAUCAUGAAUGGUUACUAUCAAAUUGUUAGGCUGGAUGUGAUUAAGUCGCCAUCUGUAAUCUGAUCUAUAUUUUUUACUUCUUAAUGUAUUUUAUUAGUAUUUAUUUUGUUAUGGAAUAAACAAAUAUGAAUAUGA